AUGUUGGUGCUUUGAGCUUUUUCAUGCUUUGGUGGUUAUUGCCUCAGGAUUGAGUCCCAGGAGUGGGAUAACUAGGACAAAGGAAAUUAACAUUUUUAUUGCUCUUGCUUCAUAUUGCCAAAUCACUGUCCAGUAAGAGAUCAUGCCCAUUCACACUGAAGACCAACCUGCAACUCAGACCCGAGGAAAUCCAGAUCUAGCCGUCUACAUUGCUGGUUUUAAUUUCCGCAUUCUGCAGUUGCUUGUUAAUAUUAGUUCUGACCUUUGCGGCAAGGUGAACACAUGGUUGACCUAAUGCGAAAAGGCUCCGGAUGGCUCAGGAACUUCCUUGACAACUAGCACAGCUGAUAUUUCAAGAGUGCCCACAUGCCCCUCUUACCAAGGGUAUUUCCACAGCCUUUUCAAGGAACCAACCAACGCCUCCAGACUCCCUCUUUGACGCCAUCCCUGUACCUGCUUUGAAGGUCUAAAUGCAAGAAAGCUGUGUGGUCGGAUAAUUAGUGAUGGAAGAAAAAACCUCUAGGAGAACAGUGGCAUAAAAUGAAGUGGGAAUGAUUUCCUUUCAUUCUGUUUUCUGACAGAGGUUAUACAAGGUGGCACAACUUCCAAAUAAAAACAUCUGAGCCUACUAUCUUCUUUCAUCAAUACCCCAGUUUACCAAUUCCCCCACAAUGGUGAUCAUGGUGGGUUUACCAGCUCGAGGAAAGACCUACAUCUCCACGAAGCUCACAAGAUAUCUCAACUGGAUAGGAACACCAACUAAAGUGUUUAAUUUAGGCCAGUACCGACGAGAGGCAGUGAGCUACAAGAACUAUGAAUUUUUUCUUCCAGACAACAUGGAGGCCCUACAUAUCAGGAAGGAUUGUGUUUCUUUCUCCAUCUUUUUCAGGCAGUGUGCCCUGGCAGCCCUGAAGGAUGUCCAUGACUAUCUCAGCCAUGAGGAAGGUCAUGUUGCAGUUUUUGAUGCCACCAACACUACCAGAGAACGACGGUCACUAAUUCUGCAGUUUGCUAAGGAACAUGGUUACAAGGUCUUUUUCAUUGAGUCCAUCUGUAAUGACCCUGGCAUUAUUGCAGAAAACAUCAGGCAAGUAAAACUUGGCAGCCCUGAUUACACAGACUGUGACCGGGAAAAGGUUCUGGAAGACUUUCUAAAGAGAAUUGAAUGCUAUGAGGUCAACUACCAACCCUUGGAUGAUGAACUGGACAGCUGCCCUUGCUCCUGCUUGGGCUGGCCCAGCCACCUAUCCUACAUCAAGAUCUUCGAUGUGGGCACACGCUACAUGGUGAACCGAGUGCAGGACCACAUCCAGAGCCGCACAGUCUACUAUCUCAUGAACAUCCACGUCACACCCCGCUCCAUCUAUCUGUGCCGGCAUGGUGAGAGUGAACUCAACCUCAGAGGCCGCAUCGGAGGUGACUCUGGUCUCUCAGCUCGGGGCAAGCAGUACGCCUAUGCCCUGGCUAACUUCAUUCAGUCCCAGGGCAUCAGCUCCCUGAAGGUGUGGACCAGCCACAUGAAGAGGACUAUCCAGACAGCUGAGGCCCUGGGUGUUCCCUACGAGCAGUGGAAGGCCCUGAAUGAAAUUGAUGCGGGUGUCUGUGAGGAGAUGACCUAUGAAGAAAUCCAGGAACACUAUCCUGAAGAAUUUGCACUACGGGACCAAGAUAAAUAUCGCUACCGCUAUCCCAAGGGAGAGUCCUAUGAGGAUCUGGUUCAGCGUCUGGAGCCAGUUAUAAUGGAGCUAGAACGGCAGGAAAAUGUACUGGUGAUCUGCCAUCAGGCUGUCAUGCGCUGCCUCCUGGCCUACUUCCUGGAUAAGAAUUCAGAUGAGCUGCCAUAUCUCAAGUGUCCUUUGCACACAGUGCUUAAACUCACACCUGUGGCUUAUGGCUGCAAAGUGGAGUCCAUCUACCUGAACGUGGAAGCCGUAAACACACAUCGGGAGAAACCUGAGAAUGUGGACAUCACCCGAGAACCUGAGGAAGCUCUGGACACUGUCCCUGCCCACUACUGAGCCCUUUCCAAGAAAUCAAACUGCCUUUGCUCUCACUGUCUCCCACUUUUAAGAGCUGCUAUCCUUGCACUUCUCCUACCUUAAGACCCUGGACUUGGCCUACAGGUCUUGAUUUCUAGCUACAACCAAGGAGCUGUCUAGCUGUGAAUGAAACUUUCUUAAUUGCUAAACACUUAUCAAUAAAGAUUUUUCUUGCUGCCCACAAAA